AAAGUGUGUCAGGGGCUUCCGGUUGUCUAUUUGUGUACGGGGGGAAGGAGAACGAGGAGAGUACUGUUGUUCUUUAAGCAGGCGGUUUUUUUGGGGCAAACUACCGAGUUAAGAUUUGAAUGCUUGUAUUAUUUAUCUGUCAACAGCAUUUAUACCGAGAUGUCGGACGAUUUGGUGAAACAGUUAAACAGCUACAAAGCCCAGCUACAGCAAGUAGAAGUUGCCCUAUCUACCGAUCAAGACAAUGAAGACCUCCUUAAACUCCAGAAAGACUUGCAGGAAGUCAUUGAUUUGACGAAAGACCUCCUGACCUCCCAGCCCGCUGACAGUGCGUCCACUACCAAUGGCUCGGACACAGCCCCCCCGAAGCUCGGCUGGAAAGUGGGGGACAGGUGUAUGGCUGUGUGGAAUCAGGAUGGACAGGUGUAUGAGGCUGAGAUUGAGGAGUUAGACCGAGAGAAUGGCACUGCAGCUGUCACUUUCUCCGGAUACGGGAACGCUGAAGUGAUUCCUCUGCAGAACCUCAAACCGGCAGAGGAGGGGAAACGUUCUGAUGAGGACGGGAAUGGAAAGCCAAAAUCAAGGAAAGAGCAGAUAGCGGAGCAGCGAGAGUAUAAGAAGAAGAAAGCCCAGAAGAAGGUUCUGAGGAUGAAGGAAUUGGAGCAAGAGAGGGAGGAGCAAAAGUCAAAGUGGCAACAGUUCAACAACAAAGCCUACUCAAAGAACAAGAAAGGACAGGUAAAGAGGAGCAUAUUCGCAUCUCCAGAAAGCGUAAACGGGAAGGUGGGAGUGGGAACAUGCGGUAUUGCGGACAAACCUAUGACUCAGUAUCAUGACACGUCAAAAUACAACGUCAGACAUCUAAUGCCACAGUGACUUGAUAUAUUGUGUAUAUAAUAAUCCACUGUACACUAGCUGUAUCGGUGCUUUCCAUUGUGUUUAUACAUGAUUUAAGUUUCUAAAGUAAAGAAAGCUUUGAAAGGAAUUGCUUGCACACCAUUGUCUGAUAUAUUGAUGUAGUUUUCUUAUAUAUUAUGUAGGUACAACAACAAAAAAAAUCGAAAUGGAAGGGAUUUUCCCUGCACUGGAUCAAGGUCACCUGUUAUGUAAGAAUAAUAAGUGGUGUUGUAGAAAAGCUGUAGAGUUUGCUGUUUGUGUCCAGGUUCCACUGAGGCCAAAUACCUGCUAAGAUGUGUACAAAAUGACACCUGUACACUUUGUGUGUAAAUUUGAAUCUUGAUCCUAAACGCCGAUCCAUUGUGGGGAGUCCGAACGUUUAUAAUGGUGUUUUAUUUGAGAUGGUUGAAUUUUACAUUUUAAUUUCUGUGUAUAUAACAGUGAAAUAAACAUGGUUUUGUUUUCAGUUUUUUAAAUACCUGCUUCCACCUCAUUUUGACAGUUUUUACAUUAUAUUUUCAUUGUGGCUCUGUCCUGUAGGUGGCAGUAAAGACUUGUACAAUUUAAUAUUAAAUCCAUUUCAUGAGCAA